AUUCAGACAAACGGGGAUUUGACACAUAGUGAACCAGUCAUUGAUCAAAUCUAUACAAUGUGAUUGAGGAAUGAGUGCUAUAUGCUGUCCGCAAAUUGGGCUAAUGCCAAGCCUGAAGGUGCAACCAAACUCAAAUGCCGGACGCAUACUUUCACGACUAUUCUACAUACGUAUCUAGGCACAUGAUUCAACUUGCCAUGGAAGCAUAAUAGCAUCUUGGAGAUGAAGUUUUCCUUUUAAGCAAUCCUCUUCUUUGCCUCCAUCACGACCUACAUUCAUCGUCCUGUUCUGAUCGACUUUGCUUCUCUUCACUAAUAGCGGUCACAAGUCUUUCUCUGAAAAUGUCUUUCUGGCUUCGCGGUGAAGAUUCGGGAGAGUUGCAUUACACUGCUCUCAGUCAGUCAUCAUCACCCAAAAGUCCAACAAAUGAACGAUUUGAAGAAAAGAUGCAACAAGCAGCUGCCAGUAGUGCAGCAUAUAGGCGAGCAGCACAAACGCUCAAAAGGCUUUCGGUAACGAUGUUAUUGAGCAUUAUCUUUUUAUUGUUAACAUUUUUGAUCGCAGCUUUUACCAUGAAUCAAGAAGGCAGAGGUUUACUCAAGCUUACGUCCGAUCAAAAUGAUACAGCUCAAUUGAUCGAUAGCUAUAUCGGAGAUGUUGAAGUUUUCUUGCACGAUCAUCCAAACAGCUUGGCCGAUUCUACCACAUUUGCACAAAUGGGAUUGUUUACACGCAUGUAUGCAAGAAUGCUGCAAGAUCAUCGAAUCAAAGAAGAAGUUUUGGACGCAUACGAGAGCAGCUUAUGGUUCUUCAUCCCAGGUGUACGUGAAUUACGCAAACGCCAUACAUACAACAGACUAUCAAACUUGUCCUUGUAUGGAAACAAGAACGGACGAGGUAUCGCAAUCUCCGUUGGAAGAAACACGUUCUUGUUUGCCAAUCAUUUUAUCGCCACAAUUAGAGAUGUUCACAAGAGUCAAAUGCCAAUUGAGAUUGUAUACAGAGAUGAGGAAGAUCUUCCUCUAUUUAUGCGCAACUAUCUCACUUCCACAUUCACAAACGUUCGCAUGCUUGGGCUAAAGGGAACGCCAGUAUUCGAUAACAAAGAAGUGGGCGCACAGGGAUGGGCAACAAAAGCAUUUGCAGUUGUUGCAUCGCAAUUCAGUCAAGUGAUCUUAGCAGAUGUCGAUACGAUCCUGCUAGAACCACCGGAGGCAUUCUUUGAAGAAAAAGAUUACAAGAAUUCCGGGACGUUGUUCUUCAGUGAUAGAAAUGUGGACGAUUAUCGUGAAACCAUCAAUGAUUGGAUUUUGGAUCAAUUAGGUGAAAAAUCUCGCGGUCCAAGUAAAUCCUUAGAGCAAAGCUAUUUCUGGAGACAUGUCACCCACUACAGACAAGAGUCUGGUGUGGUCGUCGUUGAUAAACGCAGAGCACAUGUGUUUGCCUCUCUUCUAUUUACCGCUUGGAUGAACUUGCAAGUAAUUCGUGAUCAAGUGACAUACUGGCUUUUCCAUGGUGACAAGGAAUCAUUCUGGCUUGCGUUUGAGCUUGCACGUUUGCCCUACUAUAUGAACAAUCAUGGUGCUGGUAAUUUGGGUUCGAAGCAUCACAUCAAAUCUCCCGACGAAUUUUGUGGAGAACAUCCUCUUCACUUCUUUGAAGCACCUGAAGGAUCUCCCGUUCUGCCUGGAAUGGAAGAAACUCCCGAACCACCAGCACAUCAAAGAGCAUUGAGUAAGCCUGCAUGGAUCAAUGGAUCUUUGCGAAACAAUAAAUACGGUGGUGGAUUAUCUCACAAAAUGCUUGAUCCAGAUCAUACGAUUUGGUCAAUGGACGGAUCAUGGUAUUACUCACCUCAAGCAGGUGCACUUUGUCAAGCAAACUAUACCGAACAUGGAAUGGGUGAAUUUGGUCUUUACGAUCGUCUAAGAUCUAUCGUCAAAGCAGGUGGAGAAGCAGAGAAGAAGGCGAAAGCUUAUCUUGACUCCAUCUAAAAGCCAUGCCACCGGCCCUUGUUUCGUACACUAUACCCCUUGUCUUUCUGUACUGCAUGUAUAAUUGUCUCUUUCACUACCACACACAAACUCUCUCUCUUUCUCGGUCUUACGCAACGGCUUACGAUUAUGCAAUUCAUUAUGUC